AUGUCUGAAUCCGCACCCCUUCCCCAACACCCUUCUGAUGGCGUGGACUGUAACACCCCAUCACCAACAACUGAUUCUUCCCGAUCCACCAUUCCUAGGAGAAGAACCUUUGCUUCUAUAGCACAGCGAGUGAUCAUACAGGAAAGACUCAGAAGAGCUGAAGCAGGAGGUGACACUGAUGAAGAAGAAGAUGAGGAGCCAGAAGAAGACCUACCAAAGGAUCAGAUAGAAGAGAAAGCCAAAGCGGGUGAUGCCAGAGCUCAAACCCGGCUGGGUCAGCACUACUUGAUUCUGGCUGAAGAGGAAGAUAGAGAGUUAAACAAUCGACUGGCUGUUAACUGGUUGAUAAAAGCAGCAAAACAGGGAAGAAAGAGUGCAGCAACAGCCUUGCAGCGCUGUUGGAUCCGUAAAAUAGGAAUCACUGCGGAAAAUGAGGACGAUGUUCGGAAGCUGUCGGCAGAGAGUAAGUUUGAGAGGGCAGUGCGAAAAGCCGCCAUGAUGAUGUACUGGAAGCUUAAUCCAGAGAAGAAGACUAAAGUUGCCAUGGCUGAGAUGUUGGAGAAUGUCAGCCAGGUCAAUCCAGAGCAGGGGGAUGUUGCAAAUAUUAAACCUGGCUCCUCCGACCACACUCAGAAAAUACUGGAAAACAUGGUCAGCAGUGAGACCAAUAAAUUGGUGGACUUGGACGACUUUGUUGAGAUGACUAAAAAUUACGCUCAAGGUAUCGUGCACUCAUCGUCAGAGACAGAAAACCCUGAUGGCAAGGAGGCUGAGCCACCCCCAUCAGAAGACAAGAAGCGUCACAGUGGGUCUUGGAGUUUUGGCAAAAAGGGGAUGAUGCUGGACACAGAGCAUACUGGUGCUAUUAAAAAAGCGAUGGAUAUGAAAUCACGCUUAAUGAUGCUGCACUAUCCAGUUGAUACCUUAAUGGAGGUGAAGGAGCACCUGGUGGACUGGGCAUCACGGGCCGGCGUCCAGUGGCUGAGCACCAUCAUCCCUACGCAGCAUGUCAACACACUUAUCUUCUUCUUUAUCAUCAGCAACCUCACCAUUGACUUGUUUUCCUUUGUCAUCCCCCUAUUAGUCUUCUAUCUCUCCUUCAUCUCCAUGAUUAUUUGCACAUUGCGGGUUGCUCAGAGUAGUAAGACCUGGGAGAACUUUCGAGCCUUGACAUCUCUCCUGACUCGUUUUGAACCUGGCCUGGAUGUUGAGCAGGCAGAGAAUGACUUUGGCUGGAAUAACCUUGAGCCAUAUCUCUACUUUAUAUUCUCUGUCUUCUUCGUCAUAUUCUCGUUUCCUGUUGCUGACAAGGGCUGGAUCCCUUGUUCAGAGCUCUCUACGCUGGCCAUCUUUUUCACGGCAGUCAGCUACCAGAGCCUCAGUCCCAUGGCUGCAACUUAUGCACGAAGAGCGAUGCUCAUAGAGGUUGCGUCGUCUCUUUGUGGCCUGACUCAGCUCCUGCCUGGAAGCAUGACAGUGUUUGGCAUCUUGGGACGUACAUUUGCAACUCUACCUCUUGGAGAAUCAGUUGUGCUGCAACUCAGUAUUCCAUGCCUGCUGUAUGUUUACCUUUUUUACCUGUUCUUCAGCAUGGCCAGAAAGCGGGGAUUUCGGGGGACAUACUGCAUCCUGGUACCCUACCUCGUAUGCUUCAUGUGGUGUGAGUUCUCAGUGGUCCUCCUCCAGAAUUCCACUGCUGUGGGCAUAAUCCGCACAUGUGUGGCCUACUUCCUCUUCCUGUUUGCACUUCCUGUUCUGGCAGUUGGCCUUGCCGUCAUGCUCUUAAUCCAGCUCUUCAAGUGGUUUCUGGAGCUGGAGCUCACCAAGAUGAUUGUUACUUUAGUCGUAUGUGCCAUACCCGUCAUACUCCGGCUCUGGACGCGUUUCAGCACAUCUAUUCUGGGUGUUUUCCGCUCCGUGACAGACCAUGGCCCAGUUAAACUCAUCUUAAUAUGUAUCUCCUUGGUUAUCUUGUUCUUCUCAAUUUAUGUGUAUCACGCAGAGGGUCAGAAAGUGUACAACUCCACCUUGACUUGGGACCAGUACAGUCAGGUGUGCGGCCCUCCUGCCUGGCAAUCUAAAGGUAUGGCCAAGACACAGAUCUUCUGCAGCCACCUGCAGGGACACAGAGUCACCUGGACAGGCAAAUUUAAGCAUGUCAAUGUGGCUGAGACAGAGAACGGUGCACAGUCUGUCAUUAACAUGUUACCCGUGUUUCUUGGGGACUGGCUGCGAUGCCUGUACGGUGAGACAUACCCGAAAUGUGAGCCAAAGAAUAUGACAAAACCCACAGCUUCAAGAUCCACGCAAGUUGGGGUCUCAUUGCCCAUGCUACUACAAAUGCAAGAAGAGGAAGAGAUCUGUCAGAUCAAGGCUCUGGCCAAACACGUUUGCCAUGUCAAGCGCUUUGACAGUUACCGGUUUCAAGUGACCGUAGGGAUGAUCAGGGACAAAACUGCAGAGCCGGAGGACCCAAGCAUGGAUAUCAUACUCGUGGCCAGUCAUGAGUUUCGACACAUCCUGCUCAAUCUGGAACCAGGUAAUAUGGUGGAGUUCUGCACCAAGCUGGAGGGCCGUCUAGGAGCCAAGGUCCCUGCCUUUGAGUUGAAGGCAAUUAACUGUCUGGAUUGUGUUUCACCACGAUCACCAGGGGGCAGGCAGGUAAAGAUUGAAAGAGACUGGAGACGUACGACAAUGCAAGCCCUAAAUUUUGCAUUUGAUUUCUUCUUUUCUCCCUUCCUGUCAGCAAAGAUCACUGGCUGA